UUAUGUUUUUAUUAUAAGUUAAGCGUAUUUUAUGUCUAAAACAGUCAAUUGGACAAAAGUAAUAAUAUAGGUGUGUACCGUGUGUUGUGUACUGGAUGAUUGUUAUUUGAUCAAAGUAAUUAUGUUUUUCUAUGUAGUCUCUAAAGAGGAUUAAUACAUAUAUAGUCCUCAGUUUUCUACAGCAAACGUCCUGUUCAAAAUGGGCAGUUUGUUUCGUAGUGAAGAAAUGUGCUUGUCACAGCUGUAUCUUCAAAGUGAAGCAGCAUUCACUUGUGUGAGUGAACUUGGAGAACUUGGACUUGUACAGUUUAGAGAUUUAAAUCCUGAUGUGAAUGCUUUCCAACGUAAGUUUGUAAACGAAGUAAGAAGAUGUGAUGAGAUGGAACGAAAAUUACGUUUCCUUGAAAAAGAAGUAAAAAAAGAUGAUCUUCAUAUUGAUGAUAAUGGAGAAAACCCAACAGCUCCUUUACCUCGUGAGAUGAUUGAUCUAGAGAAUAAGUUUGAAAAGUUGGAAAAUGAGCUUCGAAGUGUAAAUUCUAACCAAGAAGCUUUGAAAAAGAAUUUUCUAGAACUUACAGAAUUAAAACAUAUCCUGAGAAAAACACAACAAUUUUUUGAACAGGCGGCACUUUACCAGCAAGACCGUCAACAAGUAGAAGUUCCUCAGUAUGAUGAUGAAGCUCCUCUUAUUACAAGUGAAUUCUCUCAAGGAUCUUUUAACAAAUUUGGGUUUGUACCUGGUGUCUUGUUAAGAGAAAAAGUUGCAGCUUUCGAACGAGUUAUUUGGAGAGCAUGUCGCGGGAAUGUGUUUCUACGUUACACAGAAAUCGAAGCAGAACUUGAGGAUCCACACACUGGGGACAAAGUGUAUAAGUGCGUUUUUAUUGUCUUUUUCCAAGGAGACCAAUUGAAAAAUAGAAUAAAGAAGAUAUGUGAAGGGUUCCGUGCUACUUUAUACCCUUGCCCUGAAACUCCUCAAGAACGACGCGAGAUUGCUAUCGGUGUCAUGACUCGAAUCGAAGACCUACAAACUGUUCUUAACCAGACUGCUGACCACAGAAGGAUUGUUUUGUCACAAGUAGCGUUGAACAUUCGUGUGUGGAUGAUUAAGGUUCGAAAAUUGAAAGCAAUCUACCACACACUGAACUUGUUCAAUGUAAACAUAGCUGAGAAAUGUCUGAUAGCUGAAUGCUGGUGUCCUGUUGUUGAAAUUGAUCGGAUACAAUUUGCAUUGAGAAAGGGAACAGAGUUAAGUGGAUCAUCUGUUCCAUCUAUAAUGCAACGUAUGAACACAAAGGAAGCUCCACCAACUUACAACAGGACUGAUAAAUUCACUCAAGGAUUCCAAGCCAUUAUUGAUGCUUUUGGUGUUGCCAAUUACAGAGAAGUGAACCCAGCUCCCUUCACCAUCAUCACCUUCCCUUUCCUCUUUGCUGUGAUGUUCGGGGACAUCGGACAUGGACUCCUCAUGUUUCUUUUCGCACUUUUCCUUGUGCGCAAGGAGAGAGCUUUUAUGCAGCAUAAACUUGACAAUGAGAUAUUUGAAAUGAUGUUUGAUGGUCGUUACUUGAUAUUACUGAUGGGUAUCUUCUCCAUGUAUACUGGCUUCCUCUACAAUGAAUGCUUCUCACGUUCAAUUAAUGUCUUUGGAAGUGCAUGGAAUGUUAACGCAAUGAAUUACAGUGAGACAACUCUCGCAACAAAUGAGUAUUUGACCCUUGACCCGAACGAAACGGGUGUGUUUCGUGGUUACCCAUUUAGUUACCCCACCAGCACAGGCUUACCUUACUUCUAUGGAAUUGACCCGAUUUGGCAAUCAGCAGAAAAUAAGAUUUCUGUGCAGAAUAGUUAUAAGAUGAAGAACGCUGUGUUAAUGGGAUUUGGACAAAUGGUUUUUGGACUUGUACUUGCUAUGUAUAACCAUAGGAAUUUUGGCGACAAAAUUGCACUUUACUGCGAGUGGUUGCCUCAGGUGUUGUUCCUAUUCGCACUUAUAGGAUAUCUAUGUGUGGCUAUUCUUUACAAGUGGUCAGCAUGGACUGUCAGACAAGCUGGUACUGCUCCAAGUCUUCUAAUUGGUUUGAUCGACAUGUAUAUGUUCACUGACCCUGAAUCAAAUGGAAGAUCAGCAUUAUACACUGGGCAAUACACCAUACAGAAGAUUUUAGUAGUGGUCACUGUAAUAUGCAUACCAUGGAUGCUGUUUAGCAAACCUUAUAUCUUGUACAAAAGAUCUCAACAAAAGAAAGGGUAUACGUUGGUAGUAGAUGCUGAAGACACUGAUGGGACUCAGAUGACGAGCUUAAUGGAAGCAGGGCAAAGUGAUGAAGAUGAUGUUGCAAUUCUUCAUCAUGAGGAAACUGGUCAUGCUCAUGACGUGAAAGAAAGUGAAAAGUUUGACAUGAGUGAGGUGUUAAUCUACCAAGUUAUCCACACCAUUGAAUAUUGUCUCAGUUGUAUUUCACACACAGCAUCUUAUCUUCGACUGUGGGCUCUAAGUCUUGCUCACUCUGAAUUAUCUGAAGUACUUUGGUCAAUGGUGAUGAGCAUAGGGCUGGGCACAAGUGGAACUGCUGGAGCUGUUAUGACAUUUUUAUUAUUCUGGUUUUUCUCGGGUCUCACAGUCGGCAUUCUCCUUGUAAUGGAAGGUUUAUCCGCUUUCCUGCACGCUAUUCGUCUCCACUGGGUGGAGUUCCAGAGCAAGUUUUACAAAGGGGAGGGAUAUCUUUUCACUCCCUUCUCAUUUUCGCUCAUUGUGGAAGGAAGAGUAGAUGAAUGAUCAUUAUGAUGUCAUAAUGUAGAAUAUUUAGGUGGGUGAACUUUCUAGAUGGAGGAAUAUUGCUUUAGAACACUUGGCCUGCCUUGACAAUUGCCUAUCCUAAAGCUUAGUCACCUAAGUGUUAUUAUUCCUAUGUAUUAUCAUGUUGCUUGUGGAUUAAGGAUCAUAUUUGUCUUAUAUAUUUAACUGUAUGCGUUCCUUAUAUUUUAGCCUUGAUGGAUUUUAGGUUUUUUCUUUUAUCCGGAAUGAACUAUCGCUUAGAAAGAAUAAUAAACUGCUUAACAAUGAA